AUGUCCUCCGAUCAUAAAAUAAUUCGAUUUACGUUUUCUACGGCAUCCAAUCCCAUCAUGACAAACCGUCGUUUGGUCUACGAUUAUGGACGAGCCAAAUUUGAUGAUCUAAGAAAAUGUCUAACGGACAUGGACAUAUGUUCUCUCAUGAGAAACAAUGUAACGGAAACGAGUAUCGAUGAUGAUUGGUCAAUUUGGAAGAACACUGUGAUGACUGCUGUUCAUAAUUGUAUUCCCACUAAGUACGUAGAUCCGCGUCGCUCACCACCUUGGAUAACUCCAAACAUCUUGCACCAGAUUCGUAAAAAAGCAACUGCCCGUAAGAAAUUUCUGCAUAAAGGAACUGACUAUCUCAAAGAAACGUUUAGCAGAUUACGAAGCGAGGUCAAAAAAGUUAUACAAGAAAGCAGAGAGUCGUUUUUCCCUUCCUUGGGCAGCUUGUUAAAGGUGAAUCCCAACCGUUUUUGGUCCGUUUUCAAAUUUAAUUCAAGUUCUGGAAACAUACCGAACUCUGUCUCAAGAUUCGACAAUAACAAUCCUGGGAGUAGAUUACAAGCUAAUACACCUAAUGACAUUGCGACGAUGUUUAAUGAGUACUUUCAAUCUGUCUACACCUGCUUUCAGGAUCUAUCACCUUCGUUUCAACCAGAUUCAUCUUCUCCAUUAUCAAGCAUUUCAUCAAUUGACCUAUCGGUAGAAGAAGUUUUCCAAGCCUUGCAGAACUUAGAUCCGUCAAAGGCGCUCUCUAUAACCAGAAAAAACAUCACCUUUGGUUUCUCCAUACAGUCUUGCCGGUGA